AUCCGCCCCUUGGACCCCACACGCAGCGUCAGUCAAUUAAAAGCUGCGGGUCCCCUGCAUCACCUUCUUUCCCUCUACCACUCCCACACCAAAACCAUGAACAACCACGAAACGAUAUCCAUCUCUCGCGCCACCUCCAUCUCCCGCGCUAGCAAACAGGGCUCGACCCUCUCGCGCAACCAGUCGCUCAUCAAGAAGAACACGGCCCCGCACGACCUGCGUCCGUCCGAUAUCCUCAUUGAGCGCUUCGUCGCGUGGAAGGCCAUCGUCAAGCAGCUCAUAGCCUACUUCGAGGCGUCGCGAUGUGCACAACGCCAGUGCGAAGGAGUUGACCAAGCUCGGGGCUGUGAUCCAGGUCCCGUUCAGGCGGGGAACCAGUUCUUGGGCGAGGGCGGACUGCAGGUGUAUCUGCGGCUGCGGUACAGCGAGAGCCUGAAGCUGAUGUGGACUUGCCAGGACAUCUACUAUGACAUCCGAGACAAGACGCGCGCAGUUGCAGACCAGCACGCGAACCUCGGUCGUACAAUCGACAGUUCGAUCGUGCAGCACUUGCAGAAGCUGCGGACGGAGAUCAAGGCGCAUAUCAAGAACGUUCAGAACGAUACGGGCAAAUUAGCUACCAACGUCGCUAAGGAACGCGAGCUGUCUGAGCGUCUCAUCUCAGAGCUUUCCUCUGGAAUCUCUUCGUUCAAGAACACCCCCAUGUCUGUUACCAACCGAACCGACCCGUGAGUAGAGAUUCUCGAGGGCGCACGCUAUCGAAUGACCACCUACUUCUAGAUACGUCAUCAACACUGCCGUCCAACGUCAACUCACGAAACAAGUCCAUGAAGAGAAUCUCCUGCAGAAGUCGAUCAUCAUUAUGCAGCAAAAUAGCGCGCACUUCGAAGAAGGCAUCGUGAGGGCGAUCCAAUCAGCAUGGCAGACAUACGAUGAGUGGCAGGCCCGCAUGAGCCAGACCGUCUCCACCAUCCACACAGAGCUCACCACCCACAUGUCAUCCCUCGCCCCAGACCGUGAAUGGCUCGCAUUCAGCGGCCGCUCGGACCACCUUCUCGACCCGGACACUCCGCUGCGGAACCCGCUCACGAUCAACUACCCAAGCAAGGAGGACACGAGCGUGCAAGCCGUGCACACCGGAAUGCUCGAGCGCAAGAAGCGUUUCACCAGAACGUACCGCGAGCACUAUUUCGUGCUUACGCCUGCCGGAUUCCUACAUGAAUACGCCAGCGCAGACCCGCUUGUCGCGCGCGAGCCGGUGUUCAGCCUGUUCCUGCCCAUGUGCACGCUCGGGCCGCCGAGCAACGCCAGCGCCAAAUCGCACAAGUUCCAUAUCGAGGGCAGGAAGGACGGCAGCGGGACGACGAAGAGCGGGAGCGUGCGCCGGUCGCUGAGUAUCACUCGGCUGUCGGGCGGCGACCAUGCAUGGAGUUUCCGUUCGAGAAGCCGCGAGGAUAUGAUGGAAUGGUGGAACGACAUCCGAAUGCUCUGUGCGCGGUACCUCGUCGCGAGCGAGCAGAUGGAGCGGAGCGGGCCGGUUGCGGCUGCUGUGCGGUCGGCUGGGUACAUCAGCGAUGAGGAAGAUUCUGAGGAAGGAAGCAGCAUCGACGAGGAAGACGACGACGACGAGUUGGAGUAUGUCGACGUGCACGAAGAGAUGGGUCCGCCGAGUUACUCUAACGGACCGCAUGCGUUGGAGAUGGGCGCAAAUGGGUACCCGGUCGACAAGAAGGGUCAUUCGCGCAAUCCAUCCGCUGCGGAUGGCGGUGCCAAUGUCUCCCGCCGACCGAGCAAGCGGCAGCAGGAAAAGGCACCGGAAGGCCGGCCCCCGCACGCAGCCGAGGAGCCAACCGCUGUGCCGGAGCCGCCAGUCGAUGACGCUGCCGCUGCGCCCCCCGUGGAGAGUCGGUUCCAUGAAGACGUCUAGAUCCAGCGCCGUGUUCCCGGACGUUUACUUCUACUGUAUUUGUACGACCUCUGUUCUUAGGAUUGGUUCUGAAUGAUUGAUUCAUCAUGGAUAUCUGCAUUGACGGGGAAUACGAUGUUACAGACUUCUCCAACGCUUGACAACGACUUGUUGAAUGCAGGGACCUGUUUGGAUCGAGCCAACAGUUCUUCCUACGAAUAGACCUGGGUGAUCAAGAUAGUAAGGCGAAGUAAAUGAUGCGCGCAGCAGCAAGCAACAAAUGAGAGUUGUCCUCUCAUCAGAAUGAGUUGGUCACUAAUACCUCCCCGUGGUGAUCAGAGAUGAGUGUUGCCCGUGCCUCGAGGGCAACCCAGUGCGAGAGGCUGCGCCUAGUCCCACAUGGUGGGGCGCAUGAGUGCAAUAAAGCGCAUACAUGUGUGCCGGCGACGCGCCAGCACUAACUUCUCGAUCGCUCCUGAAUGGGUUGGAGAGCCUGUGCUUACGGGUACAGCGGAGAGCGUGAUAGAUGGCAGGGACACAGCGGAUUGGACCCAGACUUGGCUAGACGAGGGGCACAAAGACGGGGUCGGACUGGUCGGCACUCGUGUGCUGUAAUGACAGUGGGCACAUGGCUGGUAAUCCAGCCUGGGGGAUGCCAUUCGCGACGUUCUGAGCGAGCUGCGUGGUAAGCCGGCCCCAAUCCAGUUCUACAAGUGACGUGGACAUCGUUCCAUAGGUUGGGCCUGGCGUAUGGUAUGAUUCUCGAAACAUGACACUCGGCGGAUAUGGAGCACGGUAUGGGUCAGACACGUGGAAAGGAGGCACAGCA